AUGAGUAAUAUUGAUGAGACAGAAAAUCAAGAAUAUUUAUUAUUAAAAGCAAAGAAUAUUAUAACAGAAAGAACACAAUCAUCAUAUUUACCAGAUGAAUAUAUUGGAGCUGAAAAAGAAGCUGAAACUUUAUAUGCAAUUUUAGAUGAUGCAAUCAUAAAUAAAAAAAGUACUGUUGGUUUAAUUACAGGUCCAAAAGGUUCUGGUAAAUCAUCUUUUUUUAAACAUUGUUUAAAAAAAUAUAAUGAAUCAGAUUAUUUAUUAGUUAGAUUAUCAGGAAUGAUACAUUUUAAUGAUAAUUAUGCAUUAAAAGAGAUAGCAAAAGCAUUAGGUAUUAAAAUACCAAGUGGUUUAAAUAUAUUUCAUACAUUUGAAUUCAUUAGAGUGAAAUUAGGUAAAGAAACAUUAGAAUCACAAAUUAAUACAUCAACAAAGAAAAUACAAUUUCAAUCAUUACCAGUAGUAAUUUUAAUUGAAGAAUUAGAAUUAAUGUUAACAUCAUUAUCAACCUCAAAACAAAGUUUAUUUUAUAACCUUUUAGAUUUAUCACAUUAUAAAAAUGUAUCUUUAUCAUUCAUUGCAACAACUUCUCAACAUGAUAUAGUUAAUAUGUUUGAAAAAAGAAUUAAAUCAAGAUUCACUCAAGAAUCAAUUAAAAUACCACCAUUAUCUUUUGAUAGUAUACAAAUUAUAUUUAAAAAUUUAAUUUCAUUACCAGAAUCAUUUGAUGAUGAAGAAUAUAGAGAUACAUGGAAUGCAAAUGUUGAGAAAUCUUUAAAAUCAACAAGUGUAAUUGAAAAUUUUAAAAAAUAUUAUAGAUUGUAUAAUCGUGUAAAUAAUUAUCAUCUUUUAGUGAAUGAAAUUAUAGAUAAUUUAGAUUAUUAUGAUAAAGAUAAUAAAUGGAUAAAUAGUAAAAUAAUAAAUGAUGGAUUUGAAUAUCUUAAUCAAGAUGUAAUUGAAAUAAUGUUAAAGAGUUUAUCAGUUUUAGAAUUCACAAUAUUAGGUUGUAUUUUAAAUACAAAAGUUGGAACCAAUAUAAAUGAUGAUUAUAUUACAUUUGAUGAACUUUAUGACGGAGAAUAUAAAAAGUUGUCCUAUUCAUUCUUUAAGAAUGUUGAUCAAGCUAAAAAACCAUCAACCAUUAGAAUACUACAACAUUUAUUAUUAUUAGGUAUAAUUAAAACUCAAUCUAGAGCAAAUGAUUCUGGUGAUUUCCCUAAAUUUAAAAUUGCAAUUGAUCCCGAUUCAAUCAUAAAUGCUGCAAAAAAUAGAAAUGAUUUACCAACUGUAAUUGUAAAAUAUGUUACUGAAUGGUUAACAUAA